ACACACAGUUUACACUUGGGUUGCCACUGCUCUGUCGCCUUCACUCAGUUUCCACACUCAGUCCCCCCUGCUCUGCCGCCGCUGCAACACUCACACAUCAUCACAUAAUGGCUCCACCAUCCCAAGACGUGCUCAAGGAGAUCUUCAACCUCUACGAUGAGGAGCUUGACGGCAAGAUCGACGGAACCCAAGUCGGAGAUGUCGCCCGCGCCGCCGGACUUAAGCCAACUCAGGCUAUGGUGACAAAGGCCGCCGGACAGGAGUUCAAGCGUAAGGGAGAGAAGAGACUUACAUUCGAGGAGUGGCUCCCGAUGUACGAGCAACUCGCCAAGGAGAAGGAGCAAGGAACCUACGCUGACUUCUACGAGGGACUCAAGGUGUUCGACAAGGAGGAGACUGGAAAGAUCUUGGCCGCUGAGCUCAGACACAUCCUCUUGGCUCUCGGUGAGAGACUUUCCGCCGAUGAGGCCGAUGAGCUCCUCAAGGGAGUCGAAGACGGAGAAGGCAUGGUCAAGUACGAGGAUUUCAUCAAGAAGGUUUUGGCCGGACCAUUCCCAGACCAGGACUAAAUUUUUGGAUCUGAAUCUGUGCUACACCCAUUAUAAUGUUUAAAUUUUGAAAAAAAAAACACCAUCUUCUCUUACCCAAAUUUUUUGCUCCCCUUUCCCUUCUCUGCCUUCUUUCUCCCCGUUCCAAAUAACGAUGUUUUACUUUUUUGUCUAUAAACCCAUCGUCUAGUCGCUCGUUUUCUUCUACGCUAUACACGUAAGAGAUUCCACUCGCGUGCGCGCAUUCCGUUUUCUGAUCCAGAAAACGUUUUGCACUUUAAAAAUCAGCGCGCGGUUUUCUCUUCUUUUUCUCCAACACAUUCAAGCCUGUUUCUAUGAUCAAGAAAUUUUCUUUCUUUCUUCAUUUUACACUUUUUUAUUCAGAAAUUCAUUCGUUUCUUAUAUUCGUUCUCCUUUUUGGAUUAUAAUAAAAAACCUUUUGAAU